AAAGCUCCUUCCUUCACCGCCGAUCAACAGACACCUCAUUUUAUUUCAUUCGGCGUUACCUUUUGUCCUCCCGACUCCUUUCUCUGCCCUCUCUGCAAUCCGACGUCGCCUUUUCUCCUUCAAUUCUCUGCGUAGCUCAGCUUAAUCUGGAUUAGAUUCGCGUAUAUACAUUUAAUUUGUGCGCACGCGCGGGGAAUUGUGUGUUGGUGGGAUUUUUAAUUGAUUGCUGUGUAAGUAAUUUUUUAGUUGGGGAUUUGGUACUGUCAGUGAUUUUUUGUUUGUGGAUAGUGGUUUUUGAUCAUCUGAGGGGUUUGAGGUUUGUGGAUUUUUGGUUUGUUGCUGGUUUGUUGCUGUGAUGGAAUCGCCGGAGAGGGGGAGACCGGUGGCCGGAGUAGCCUUGGAAUUUCCGGCGAGCGACGAGGUUUUAUCGUGCUCGCCGCCGACCGUGCCGACGUGGCUUCGGAAGAGGCUUUCGGAGCCGAAGACGCCGCCUCCUUCUACUGUUGAAGAAAUCGAGGCCAAACUUCGUGACGCUGAUCUUCGACGUCAGAAGUUUCAUGAAAAUCUAACAAGCAAGGCUAAGCCAAAGUCCAGAAGCCCUUCCCAAACUUCAUCUAAUGAAGAUGAUCCUGGACAGCGUCUUGAGGCAAAGCUUCUAGCUGCCGAAGAGAAGAGGUUGAGCAUCCUUGCCAAUUCUCAGAUGCGUCUGGCCAAGCUUGAUGAGUUGAGGCAAGCUGCUAAGACUCAGGUGGAAAUGCGGUUCAAGAAGAAGCGAGCUGAGCUAGGUACAAAGGUUGAAAUGCGUGUUCGACAAGCAGAGGCCAAUAGAUUGCUCAUCCUAAGAGCAAAUUGGCAAAGGAGAGCCACUUUGAGCGAGAGGACAUCUCAAUCACUAAUGCGGCGAAUGGUUCGAGAAACCAAGUAUAAAGAACGAGUACGAGCUGCUAUGUCCCAAAAGCGUGCAAAUGCUGAGAAAAAGCGACUGGGAUUGCUCGAAGCAGAGAAAAGAAGGGCACAUGCCAGGGCGUUGCAGGUGCAAAAGGUAGCCAAUUCAGUUUCUCACAAGCGAGAGCUCGAGAGAAGUGAAAUGAAGAACAAGCUUGAAGAUAAACUGCAAAGGGCGAGAAGAAAGCGGGCAGAAUACUUAAUGCAGAGAGGAAGGCCAUAUAAUAUUGCUCUGAAUAGCUGGGAGACCAUGCAUGAGCAGGGUGACAUACUUGCUAGAAAAUUAGCAAGGUGCUGGAGUAAAUUCAAAAAAUUGAGAAAGACCACCGCGAAUCUUGUAUUAGCUCAUAAUGUCUUGAAUAUUAAUGAAAGAUCCGUGAAAGCAAUGCCAUUUGAGCAGUUUGCACUCCUUAUUCAGUCAUCAACUAUUCUACAAACAACUAAAGCAUUACUUGAUCGCCUUGAAGUUUGGUAUAAAGUGUCGCGAUGUGAUACUAAUCCUUGUGCUGGGGAUGAUAUUGAUCACCUCCUCAAGAGAGUGGUGUCUCCCAAAAGGAAGCAAGUAUCCAGGAGAUCUGUAUACCGUAGAGAGGGAAAGACUUCUCCAUCCAUCAAACAAGCAGCUAGCACACCAGCUCACGUGUCGAGGUACCAAGUCAGAGUUGUCCUCUGUGCUUAUAUGAUACUGGGCCAUCCAGAGGCUGUUAUUAGUGGUCACGGGGAGCGGGAGGCAGCUUUGGUUAAAUCUGCUGAAAAAUUUGUGAAGGAAUUUGAGUUACUGAUUAAGAUACUACUAAAUGGCCCCAUGCAAAUUUCUGAUGAGGAAUCUGACCAUGUGUCGCUGGCUCGACGGACCUUCAGGCUUCAGCUGGCAGCAUUUGAUUCUGCCUGGUGCUCCUUUCUGAAUAGCUUUGUUGUGUGGAAGGCUAAGGAUGCUAGGUCACUAGAGGAAGAUUUGGUGCAGGCUGCUUGUCGUCUUGAACUUUCUAUGAUGCAAACAUGCAAGAUAACCACUGAAGGAGAUAGUGGUCCUCUUUCACAUGACAUGAAAGCCAUACAGAAACAGGUAUCGGAAGAUCAGAAACUUUUGAGAGAGAAAGUAUUCCAUCUUAGUGGAGAUGCUGGUAUUGAGCGUAUGGAAAAUGCACUCCACGACACAAGAACAAAGCAUUUAAAUGCAAAGGAAAAUGGGAGCCCAAAUACUCCUUCCAGUAAUACUUCAAUUCCAGCUUCCUCUACUUCUGUUCGUUCCUCUGAUAAAACAAAUAGCUUGACUCUGGGCUCAGAAAAACGAAGCUCGGUAGUGCGCUCUUUAUUUAAGGAUGAUGCUAGUACCAAAGAGGUGACCUCUCCCAAGUUGACUCACAUGGAUAAUGUGAAGAUUGUCAAUGAAUAUGUUCAUGGAGAGCAGCUUGCAUUUGCUGAUAGCUCCAGUUCAUCUGGCGAGCACCAGAACAAAAACAUGAUGACGAAAGUGAAAGAAACAAUGGAAAGGGCAUUCUGGGACAGCAUUAUUGAGUCCGUGAGGCAGGAUGAACCUAACUACAACCGUGUUGUGGAGUUGACGAGGGAGGUGAGGGAUGGGAUUUGUUCGAUGGUCCCACAUAGCUGGAGACAAGAAGUUAUGGAAGCUAUUGACCCGGAAAUUCUCACUCAGGUGUUGAAUUCAGGAAAACUAGACAUGAAUUAUCUGGGCAAUAUCCUUGAGUAUGCACUAAUCACUUUGAGAAAGCUCUCUGCUCCGGCAUACGAGGAUGAACUGAAGAAAAAGCACCAGGAAUUUAUGAAAGAUCUGGGCCAGAUGUGUGAUAGCUCUGAGAAUUCACAAGUAGUUGCAUUGACUAAAGGCAUUCGCUAUGUCCUAGAACAGAUUCAGGAACUCAAACAGGAAAUCAGCAAAGCACGCAUACGGCUUUUGGAACCAUAUUUGAAGGGUCCCGAGGCUUUAUAUUUUCUUGGUCAAGCUUUCACCAGUCGAUAUGGUAACCCUUCCAAUGCUGCCUCCACUUUACCAUUGACUGCCACAUGGCUAUCAUCUGUAUGGGACUCAAAAGACGAGGAAUGGAAUGAGCACAAAAAUCUGCUCUCGGAGUUGUCAGGGAGGCUAGAUAGUUCAUCUAGUUUUCUUCCUUCAACAGCACUCCGAACAGGGGGAAGUUCAUCGUUCAAAACAAGUGGAAAUCAAACAGACGUGCCAGCAGCCUCUAACGCCACAUCCUUUAUCGAGACAAUCGAUCCUCGUCUGGAAUGCAAGGGAGAGGAGAUCGAUUUGCUGGUGAGGUUAGGCUUGUUAAAACUCGUAAACAAAAUAUCCGGUUUGAAGGAAGAUAACCUUCCAGAGACCAUGAGCCUCAACCUGCCCCGGCUACGAGGCUUACAGUCUCGAGUUCAAAAGAUCAUUGUCAUGGCUACCAGCCUGUUAGUCUUGCGACAGACUCUUUUAAGCCAGCGAACGGUAAGCAGCCAGGCAGAGAUGGACGACAUACUUUCGGCCAGCAUCAAACACCUCUCUAAAUGUCUAGAAACUGUUGCUGACGCCGGAAUCCAAGAUAUAGUCGAAGUUCUCGUCACGGCUAUAGAUGAAAAUAACACUUCAGGUGACAAAAACAUCAACCUCCGGCCGGUUAAGGAAAUCAUGGUCAGGAUGUUGGGCAAAAGCCUGCAAGCAGACGACCCCAUCUUCAGCCGCGUGUCCUGGGCAGUGUAUCUGGCUGCCCGAGGAAUCGUGCUCGGAGGAACCGGAAGACAGGGUCGAGAAUUGGCCGAAGCGGCAUUACAGAAAAUCGGGGCAGCCCUGCUGUUCGACGAGGUUGCGGUGGUCGCAUCAGUCGUGGUGACGGCUGCCAAGGUGUCCGUCAUCGUGCACGGUCCAUGGUAUGCGAAUCUUAACCGAGCAAAUUGAUUUUAUGAAUUAUGUUCUAUGUCUAUAUCUAUGUUGGUAAUUUGGUGGUUAUUGUUGUUUAGCCCUGAUGUGUAUAAAAUUUAUGCCGGGUGGCCGAGGUCGGGUCGGGGUCGGGUUCGGGUUCGGGUUUUAGGUGUUGUGGAAAAUAGAUAAUAAGUGAUAGUUGUAGGUGUUGGGAUUGCUGUGCUGGUAUUGGUAUGUAUGUGUGUGUGAAUGUGUAUAUGUUGGGUUGGGUUGGGUUGGGUGGAUUGAAUGAAUAAAUGUAGAUUGAUAAGGUUGUUCUACUACCGUUACGAAUAUGUUUAAAAUUGAUAAAUUUCAUGGCCGGUGGUGGCGUGGGGAUUGGACUUAUAA